CAAUUCUCAUGCUAUCAACACCACCCAGAGGAAACAUCUGGCUCACGUCUGGUCGUGUUAGAGAAAGGGGGCACUGGCUUUACAAGAAAUGGAUUGUGAAAUCCAGCGGCUGCUCUGAAACAAUUCAGUUUUACUUGUUCGUUUGGCUCGCAGAGCGAGGAGGAGGAACGUGUCUGUUCUCUGAUUUUGAGAUGAACCCCGUUUGAACUCGGCUGGCCGCUCGUUGUUACCCUCAAGCCUCGGACUGUACAACAUACUGCUUCUCUCAGACCCUCCUUUGGCCAUCAGCACCUAUGUACAGCAGUGGCUACUUGCAGGUCUCCAAACACAGCCCGCAGGCCCAAAAGAAGAUGCAGUACCACUCAAAGGGCAAGAGCUGUGGCUACUACAUGCGCAUUGUCUUCUUCUUCUCUUCGCUCAUUCAGUCUCUUAUCAUAGUCAGCCUGGUGCUCUUUCUGAUAUACGGUAAGAAGCAGGACUCAGCGUCCAUGUCGCGCGUCCAGGACCUGGAGGAGAGCUUCAGCCGACUCUCCAUAGAGAACGUGGCCCUGAGGCACCAGAGGAAGAACCUGACCACCUUACUCAACUCCACCCUGACUGAAAAGGCCCGCAACGACUGGGACCUGGUCAGGCUGCGCUACUUCACCAACAUCUCAGCCCUCCUUAUCCAAGAUAUGGACAAGAGGCUGCAACAGUGCAGUGCCGAGCUGUUCUUUUGCAAGGCCAUGCCUACAGCUGGCCAAUGCCCAUCAUUUCAACCAGGUAUUUGCAACUGUGGGCUGUUGGGUGAACAGCUGAAAGCCAGGCUUGAGCUUGUUGAGUCCAACUUCACGCAAACGACACAGAGGAUGAGGAUGGAAAUGGACCAGAUUGCCAAAGAGAGGGACAACCUUAACUUGGAGGCCAUCCGACUGAGGAGGGACAAAUCCACACAUGAAAAGACAGUGGAGUUCUAUAGGCAGAAAUGCAAAGAUGACUUUGCCCAAUCCUUGAGUGGUGUGUCCGAUGUCACCAAGGCUUUCUUACAGAAGGUCGAGUCCCUCUUCUCUACACACAUCGCCUUCCAGCUCACCUGUCCGAAACAGAGGGAACACCUGGAGCAGAUCCGCACCAAUUGCACCAGCCUGUCCAGAGAGGUGGAGGACAAGUUCCAGAAUUAUUUAAACAGUGUUGGAGAACAGGUGUCAGGUAUUCAGGGUGAGAACAGCCGUUUGAAGGCAGAGAACUGGCGACUGUCUGAGGACUACCGCUGGUGCAGCCAGAACCGCACGAGCCUGAUCCAGCAGCACAGGCAGAACUUAGACAAGCUUCAGCAGAAACAUGAUGAGGACAAGGAGAAACUCCUGAUGGACAAGAUGAGGCUGAAUGGAGAGAUAGAAGUCCUGGCCAACAAUGUCAAAUAUAAAAGUAAAGAGGUUGAGCACCUUACACAGCAGCUCAAGCACCUCAACACGACCUGCAUGUCUAAGACAGGGCCUGGUGUAUUUCCAGGAGCACCUCGGACAAGUCAGACUGGGUGGGGGUCCAGCUCUUCUGGUGUGGGUCAGGUUGGUAGGACAGGGUCAGGUUUGAGCUUUGGUUCAUCUGGAUCAACAUUCAAUAAGCCACUAUCAACUGGGACGGGCUCUUCAAGCUCAUCCCUCUUGCCUUCUGGGUCAAGUAGCUCCACUGGGAUAGGAUACAACAGGCAAGGCUCAACUGGGACGGGCUCUUCAAGCUCAUCCCUCUUGCCUUCUGGGUCAAGUAGCUCCACUGGGAUAGGAUACAACAGGCAAGGCUCUACUGGGACGGGCUCUUCGAGCUCAUCCCUCUUGCCUUCUGGGUCAAGUAGCUCCAUUGGGUCAGGAUACAACAGGCAAGGCUCAACUGGGACAGGCUCUUCAAGCUCAUCCCUCUUGCCUUCUGGGUCAAGUAGCUCCACUGGAAUAGGAUACAACAGGCAAGGCUCAACUGGGACGGGCUCUUCGAGCUCAUCCCUCUUGCCUUCUGGGUCAAGUAGCUCCGUUGGGUCGGGAUACAACAGGCAAGGCUCAACUGGGACGGGCUCUUCGAGCUCAUCCCUCUUGCCUUCUGGGUCAAGUAGCUCCGUUGGGUCGGGAUAUAACAGGCAAGGCUCAACUGGGACGGGCUCUUCAAGCUCUUCCCUCUUGCCUUCUGGGUCAAGUAGCUCAGCUGUAUCGGGAUACAACAGGCAAGGCUCAACUGGGACAGGCUCUUCGAGCUCAUCCCUCUUGCCUUCUGGGUCAAGUAGCUCAGCUGGAUCAGGAUACAAUAGGCAAGGCUCAACUGGGACGGGCUCUUCAAGCACGUCCCUCUUGUCACCUGGGUCUAGUAGCUCCAUUGGGUCAGGGUACAAUAAGCCAGGAUCAACUGGGGGAGCUGUGUCAAGCUAUGGAUCCACAGGGUCAAAUCCAAGUCUUCAAGGCUCCAGUGGGACAGGCUCGAAUAAGCCAGCACUGAGUGGGAGAGGCUCAUCAACCAUUGGGUCAUCCUCUGGGUCAACUGGGUCUACGAGUAAAACUGGGCAGAGCUCUGGACUUUCUUGGUUUGGGUUUGGGACCAGUAACUCAGGACAAAGUAAGACAGGAAGUGGAACAGGGAAAGGACCGUCAAGUGGGAAUGGUUUUGGUGGAUCGUCAGUUGGUGCAGGAAGGACAAGUGGAGUGGCAGGUGGCCCAGUCAGUGUUGCUCAGCACCUUCAAGAUCUGCAACGCCUCAUCAACCCCGCUGGCCCAGAGGAGAAACAAGAUCUCUCCAGAAUGUUGGGUUAGUUCAUCUUGAUGAGAAAAAGAUUUGUCUUCCAUUGCAUCUAUUAUGCACUACUAAAUGCAAGCUUCUCAUAUUGAGUUCACAUAUUGUAUAUCAAUAUAAAUGUACCAUAUAUUACACACUGUUUGUGACAGUUUAUAUUUCAGUAUGUAUUUGGAAAAGUAAUGCGAAUAACUUUUGCACUUUGAUUGUAAAAUGUGAAGCUUGUGUGUCAGUGAUUUUUAUCCACACAGUAUGCAACUUAGACCGAAGAAGCACAUAUUGUAUUUUUACAGUGUAAAUAUAGAAAAAUAAAAGCUUUGUUUGAACAUA